AUGGUAAAUAUCCGAUCACGUGACGUAUCACGUGAGUUCACCACCCCCAACUGGACCCUCUCUAUCACUAUAUUAACCUCCAAUCCAAAACCUACAUCACAAAUUAUGCUGCAACAUCUGGAACAGACGCCUCUAUUGCUGGCAAGCGGGGCUGUGCACCAGGCCAAUCGUGCGACCUCCAAAAUCUCGCAGCUGCCGAAAAUCGGACUCCAAAGAAUCAGCAGAACAACUCAGAAACUCCGUCUUUUACCGGAAGACCCGCAACUACCCAUUGACGACGAUGGAGCGGCCGACGACGAGCGCGACAACUCCACUCGGCCGAGCACGGGUGUGUAUUCCCAAGUGACGAAGAUUAAAGACCGGCCCGCACGAAAGGAUGCUGAAAUCUUAGGGAAAGUGCAUCGAGAUCUCUUGCCCAGAGUGACCGCCUACUGUACUUGUGGACUGUACAAGAUGAAGGAAUUGCUACGGUGGCUCAAAGAUCGUAAACGGAUUCACAACACUCUGCCCAAGUUAUUUGACGAAUGCUUGUAUACUCCAUUUACGUAUAAGGAUUGGCGCGGAGACACUGCUGAAGAUGAUGGGAAGAAAUUGAUUCGAUUGGCUGAUGAUGGAGGAGAAAUUGAGUUCGGCAAGAAGAACGAUGUAUUCAUUUUCGAGUAUGGUGUGGUGAUCAUGUGGGGUUACACCGUCAAAGAGGAACGGGCAUUCCUCGAAGAUUUGGCGCGGUUUGAGAGCGAGAAGCUCCUGAUGGAGGAUAUCCAGGUAGAGGAGUUUAACUACUAUAUCACCACGUCGUACCAGCCGCGGAUUUACAACGACUUCAUCACGCUUCGUGAUGACUCUAACUAUAUGCUAAAGCUUUCUAUCUCGCACGCGUUGGCGCAAUCAGUAAAAAUUUCUUUAUUUGAGGAAUUGGUUGACAACACCAUUGAGGAUACCCAGGAUAUUCCACAGCAGGUGGCUCAUACCGGUAAGGUGGAGAUGACGCGAGAUGAAACCAUGAAGUCUAUCGGUGAGCUCUUUAUUCUACGCAUUAACAUCAAUUUACACGGAUCUGUGCUCGACCUGCCGGAGCUCAUGUGGGCCGAGCCCCACUUGGAGCCCAUUUACCAGGCCACACGCGGAUACUUGGAUAUAAAUCAGCGUGUCGAGCUCUUGAACCAGCGGUUGGAGGUCAUUUCCGAUCUUUUGCAGAUGUUGAAGGAACAGCUAGGCCAUUCGCAGGAAGAAAAUUUGGAAUUCAUAGUGGUGGUGCUUGUAUGCCUAGAGGUAGUUGUCAGCGUGGUCAAUAUUGUCAUUGACAUUGUCAGAUUUUAA